AUGCACCUUGUCCUUCCUCAGUCCCGGAGGACCGCUCCCGCAUCGAGUGACUCAUUCGAUGCUCUGCCCGGGAGGAACAUUCACGACCACGAGGUCCCAAUCCUGACUGAAACGGCUGCUAACUACUCUUGCGCUGUUCGAUUGAUAGGCUGCCGAUUCAACUGUCGUCUCCAACACGGAGAAUGUGCGUUUGAUUCUCGAUGCAUUGGAUUUCCACAAUGGCCGCUGAGCCUGCGAGGAAAUACUCUUAUACUGACUUCCCUUGGGGUCGAACAGCUCAUGAAGUACAUGACCCUGGACCAGCGUGGUCGUGUCCAGGCUGAGUACGUUUGGAUUGAUGCCAACGGUGGCACUCGUUCGAAGACCAAGACCCUCUCCAAGGCCGUCACGAGUGUUGAAGAACUUCCCGAAUGGAACUUUGACGGUUCCUCGACCGGCCAGGCCCCCGGUGACAACUCCGAUGUCUACCUCCGCCCCGUCGCUAUCUUCCCCGACCCCUUCCGCCGCGGUGAGAACAUUCUCGUCCUCUGCGAGACCUGGGAUGCCGAUGGAAGCCCCAACAAGUUCAACUACCGUCACGAUGCCGCCCGCCUGAUGGAGACCAACGCCAAGGAGGAGUUCUGGUUCGGUCUGGAGCAGGAGUACACCCUUCUCGGCACUGACGGCUGGCCCUAUGGCUGGCCCCGUGGUGGUUUCCCCGGUGCCCAGGGCCCCUACUACUGCGGUGUUGGUACCGGCAAGGUCUACUGCCGUGACAUCGUUGAGGCUCACUACCGCGCCUGCCUGUACGCUGGCAUCAACAUCUCCGGUAUCAACGCCGAGGUCAUGCCCUCUCAGUGGGAGUACCAGGUUGGCCCUUGCCCCGGCAUUGACAUGGGUGACCACCUCUGGAUGUCCCGCUUCAUCCUCCACCGUGUCGCUGAAGAGUUCGGUGUCCGCAUUUCUUUCGAGCCCAAGCCCAUUGACGGCGACUGGAACGGUGCCGGUCUCCACUCCAACGUGUCUACCGCCGCUACCCGUGCUGAGGGUGGUAUGAAGGCUAUCGAGGCCGCCAUGAAGAAGUUCGAGGCUCGCCACCAAGAACACAUUGCAGUGUACGGUGAGGGCAACGACAAGCGCCUGACUGGCCGUCACGAGACCGGUAACAUCGACAAGUUCUCAUAUGGUGUCGCCGACCGUGGUGGCUCCAUCCGUAUCCCCCGCCAGGUCGCCAAGGAUGGCAAGGGUUACUUUGAGGACCGUCGCCCUGCCUCCAACGCCGAUCCUUACCAGAUCACCGGUAUCAUCGUGGAGACCAUGUGCGGUGGUCUGUAA